AGAAGAAAAAGAAGAAGAAGAAGAAGAAGAAGAAGAAGAAGAAAAAAGAAAAAGAAGAAGAAGAGACUGAAUCUUUUGCAGCCGCAACUUUGUAGACUUUCCGUUGGUUGGGGAGAGAAGAGCAGCAGCGACACGGUGCGAGGACGGUGGAGGUGGGCCAUGAAGCUGCUUCCUGGCCAUCCACGACUUUGGGCCUACCUGCUGGUUUUGUGUGUCUCACAAAGUGAGACGGAACCCGACUAUCCAGAUGUCUGUGAGAUGGACAGAGAACCGGGGAACAUCAUACCUCAGAUGUCUUCGGGGAACCAAUAUGUCGGGGUGGCUCACUUGAACGAUAACUUUCGCUGCCUCUUCUACACAACAAAUUUACUCAACUGCUCCUGGUCAUUUCACACUUUACAGAAGGACGCUCAGCUCUUUGUCCAUAUCAGCAUCUGUGACGACGAUAGAGAGGUUCACUAUGCAAACCUUUCGUCUGAGGAGAGAGUCGGAUCAUUGUCUUUGACUCUGCACAAGAAUGAGAUGUUGUCCGUAAUCCUCCACUUGAACAUCACGCUCCAUGGGAAUUGGACAGUCUACACCUCCGAAUACGACAUGGACUUGCUAGAGGUCCAGCCGCCACCACAAAAUAUCACCGCCUCAUUUGGAGAUGGAGGCCUGUUGGUGACAUGGGGUCUGCCCCAAGGUCGCACAGUAUCCAAUGAGCACUGCUUUGAAUACCAGCUGGACCUAGGUGACCAGGAAAGUCCCAAAAAGAUCACAGGGAGUAGGUCUUACAUGGAGCCUAAUGCAGACCCCACCUACACCUACAGCGUGAGGGUGAGGACGAGGAAGACAAACCUCUGCACCUCCCCCUCCCAUUGGAGCGACUGGAGCGACCCCAUAACGGUGGCAACGUCAGUUUACAAGUUCAACACUCUGGUGAUCUUCUCGAUUUCACUGGGAACACCCAUGAUCCUCCUGGCCGGGCUGCUGCUGUUACGCCAUCAGAGGGUGUGCAGCGUUCUGUUCCCUCCGAUCCCUCGGCCCCCGCAGAAAUACAAGGGUAUGCUGGAAAAAGGUGACACGUUCAACCUCCACCACGCUGCUCCACCAGCCGAGGAGAUCACAACGGUGUUGUGUACUGAGCAAAGGCCUGAAAAAACAUUCUAAAAGCAACGUGGGAAGGAGAAAUGUUUGAAGAAAAGGAGGCUUUUCCUCCAUAAUGUGUCAUGCCAGUCUAUUCAGCCAUAACCAGAAGUGUGCAUCGCAUCUUCAUUUUAUUUAUUAUUAACAUAAACUAGUGGACUAAUAUUCAGAGUUUUGAAGAAAAAAAAGUAUUUCCACCUGAAUUGGCUCGUUAGCUGGUAUUGAUACGUGGAUUUAUUGUGCUUAUAUUUAAAAUGUGUGUAAUAAAGUUAAGUGAUAUACUAAAACACCAAAUGCUCAUUUAAAGUGUAUUUAUUUAGUCAACUAUUAUUCAUACAAAGUG